CAUUGUUCUACGAGCUUCCAAAGAAAAAAUAAAAAAUAAAGAAGAAAGAAAAAGAAAGUAUCUUCUUAUCGGGCUUUUCGUCGUGAAUUUUCGGUGAACGUUCUUCGCGUGGCGUGGCCUAUUCAAGGAUGCACGACGACUGAUCGUCGGGGAUCUCCCCACGGGCCUCGUCGUUCAGGGGUCGAUCAUGGGCGGAGUGCAAAGCGGGACCCAUACCCUUGGAGAGGCAUUAUGGGUGCAGGAGAGGCAACGUCAAAAAUGCCAUCGAGAAGGGGGACGACACGAGGCGAAUUCGGCGCAGUCCACGCAGGAUCGCAGGAAGCUGUUAAAACGUACGAGGAGCCUCGCCGUGAUAUCCGAGGACGAAUCUCGACACGAUCGAGAGGCGCGUCACUUUAGGCUCGGGCAAUCGACCUUCGAUUUGCCCAGGAGGCAUCAACUGAUCCCGCGAGCCAAGCUCAUCGAUCGCAACUCUCUGAAGGAUAGGCUCUGCAAGAGCCAACAGCAUCUUUCGGACUCGUACGAGCGAUUCAACGAGGCGAGACCGUAUCAUUCGAGAUCUGCCUGCGGUCUUCAUUCGAUUCCUUCGGGGCUGCCAUCGUUUCCGGAUCCUCUUCACUAUACUCGAGGCAAUCGGGCCGAUCCUGAUCGAUUGAACAUCCUCGACUGGCCCGAAUCGCCGAGACGUUAUCGCAGCGUACAGUCACUGGACACCGUUAGCGGUUUAGUGGACAUCGUCGAAGACGGCUGGCCAAUCGAGGGAAAUCGCAGUAUCGAUUGCAUCUACACUCAGGUGAAACGCAAACGGAAGGAGCACAGGAGCCUGGACAGUAUACUGUUCGAGGACGAUGGCGAGCUAGAGUACUUCGACGUUCUGAAUCUGCUGCCUUUGUCGAACGUGCGUUUGGAGUUCGACGAGGAGGACGCGCGUAACAACAAUCUCCGACGGAGGAACGAUUCGGCCUUGAAAUCUCUCGAGUGUCUCGACUCCUCGUGGAACGCGCAGGAGAGAUCGUCCGCGAGGAGCAACGCCACGGACGAGGAGAAAUGUAAGAAAACGAACGCCAAGGAGGAGAACAGCCCGCCGGAUACCGAGCAACCCGACUGUCAGAGGGAAUCCGACUCUUCGAGUCAAUCCAGAGACAAUUUAUCACCGGAGAACGCGACGGAGAAUUCGUCGUGUCAGAAAGACGACAGAGACUCGGUAAUUUGUGUUGGAAACGAACCGACAGACUCGAAAUCCGCGUGCUUGAACGUUAACGAGGACAGGUACGGACUCGAUGACGAGUUAGUGGCCUCGGAUAGGGAACAGGUUGUCGAUCGUAAGGUCGAGGAGGCGGAGGAUUAUAAAUCCAUUUGGAUCUCGGACACAGAGGAGCAGGAGGAGAUGUCGCGGAGGCCGCAGGUGCUCAAGAUCGUCGACAGCGACGUGACAAAGAGACGGCACCGAAGUCUCACUGUCGAGCUCGGCUCCGUCACGAGAAACGAGCCGAGAAACGAGAAGCAGCAGAGUGACGGACAGAAAUUAGGCAACUGUGUCGACGCGGUCAAGUCGAGUAAGAAGAUUGAUGAAGUUGAUGGAACCUCGAAGAAUGCAGAGAUCGCGAACGUGGAGGAGAUGGGGCGCGAGGCAAACACGAGCGUGGAGAACGCGAGAAACAGUUCCACGGAGCAGAAAAAUUCGCAGAAGGACGCCUCGAGAGGAAAGCAAACGGAGGGUAGGUUCGAGAGGAUCGUGAAGGAGACGUCGAAUAUAAUCGGGAAGGCGUGCAGCGUGGUGAAAGGUAGCCUGGGUUUCGAGGCUCGGUCUGAGAGCUCCGACCUGGGCUUAGGAUCGGAAUCGGGAAGCGACACGAGACGAAGAUCCGUGGACGAUGGCAUCGACGAGGACCACGCGUCCAAGGGACUGUCGUCCCUGAAGGAGAACGAGAGCCAGAAAACGCGCGGCAGCCUGACAAGAUCGAGGAGCUGCGUCGACUCGAUCGAGUGUCAUCCGGACGACGACCAGGAAUUCGAUCACGUGCGUUACAAGAUCAUCAAGUCGAACAUGUUCGGCAAGAACAUGUACGCGAGCGCUCGCAACGACAUCACUUACGAGGGUCUGAUGCAGUAUCUGCGAGAGUAUUCAUUCCAGGAGCUGCUGUUGGACAACAACGUUGUCAUUAUAGAGCCAGUGCGCGCGGAGACGAUAGAGCGGAAGCCGUCCUCUACUGGAAAAACGAGAUCCGAGCCGAGCUGCAAGAUAGCGGGAGCUAUACAGAAGAAAACGGAGACGGAGAACGGAGAUCAGAGGAGCUACGAGGACACGAACGACAGUGGCAAAAGUCCGAAACAGUCGUCCAUUAAGAAGCAUUUCUUCUAUCAUCCCAUCAGGGUGAACCGCGAGCUCAUCGACGAGGAACUACCCGACCCGGACACCGUGAAAAACGUCAGGCGUAUGUUUGAGAAUACGUUGAAGAUGAAGAACGUCCCGAACGGUUCUACGCUCUCGAAGGAUUUCAAGAGCAGGAAGAGCGUCAGUAUGAAGGAUCUUAGUACCAUCGAUCGCGACCAUUUCGACGAGAUGUCGGAGAAGGCAGAGGGCACCAGAUGUUCCAGCCGGGCGAAGGAUCUCACGAAACUGUUCGAGAGCAAAGAGAAAUCCACGUCGUCGAGAGCGUCGGUGAUCGAAGGCAAGGACGAGUUGGACAGCCCCCGCUGCGAGUCGAAAACCAGGAUCCUGGCGCAGAGUUUCGAGGCUAGAAGCGGCCACACGUCGCCGAGCGACUCGACUUCCUCCAAGAACAAGAUGAACCGUUACCACCAUCACCACCAUCACCACCACAGCAAUUGGGACGCCGGUAGCGUGAGCUCCGGCGUGUCAAGCGAUUAUCCCGACACUGAUCCCGGCAGCGGGGUGCAGUGUAUCUCCUCGGAGGACGAGGAGAUCGACUCGAGCCACGAGGCCGACGUGAGCCGGAACGGAUCGAACCACUACGUGUCACCGGACGUCCUUAAGAAGAUCCGCGAGUACGGCACCUCGGUCACGUACUACGGCGGCAAAGUGGUGAACUCGAGCAACGGGCCGUUGAUAUCGCCGGUGGUAGAGAACCGAUUCAAAUGCGUCAACGGAUCGAACGAUUACGUGAAAUUCCGGCUGAUAAAGAGCAACUCGUGCGACAGCAGAUUGGAACUGACUGGAAGACUGGUGGAGAAUCAUUUGAGGCAUCGGAACAAGGAAAGAGCGCUCGAGCUGAGCCAAUACACGAUAGCGGAGACGCCUAGCAUCGAGAUCACCGUGCUGGACAAGCAAGAGAACGAUGGCAAGGACGACAAGACGAGAUCGGAAGGCGAGAGUAACGGGACGAAAGAGCCGGAGGUGAAACGAGAGCCUCCCGUCGUGAUCGGUUUGGAGCCGAAGAAGGAGGAGAAUAAAGAGACGAAGAGUUUCAAGGCGGAGUUUAAGCUGGGCGAUUUGGAGGACGCCAAGUCCGAUUACGCGAGCAGGUUUAUCGGCAGUGCUCUGACCAGGUGGCAGGUCAACGAGAACAAUUGGAGAACCACCGACGAUUUUGGGAAAAUGGAGUUCGAAGAGUUCGAGGUGCUCGAGGAUAGCCUGAACGGGACCGAGAGCCAACGUUUGGAAACUUCUUGAGAGGAACGGCGUUUCGUGCAAUAACGUUCGUUGCAUCUCGGUAGAGCCAGAGGGAAUGUUGCCAAAGUCGAGAGCCAACAGUGUUUGCGGCAGUCACGGUAUAGUGAUAUCCUGCUCGCGUAAGUUUUUACGUAUGUCUUCGAACGCGAUGCCGUUCUUUCGGAACGGUUCCAAUUGCGUUCUCUUUGCGUCUGAAAACGACGUCUCGAUCGAUUCGUUCGCAUAACCGAGCUCGUUCGUCGUUUCAAUAAUUGUAUAAGAGGGGAAAUUGUACAGUCGUUACUCGAGGUUUCCUAGCAACGAUCAACUUGGAUAUUUGAUUGAAUCAUGGAUUUAAGCGGCCCAGGAAAGUAUUUGAAUACUUGCCAUAGAAAAUUAUAUAGUAGCACGCGCGAUAUAUUCAUGGUAGUUUGUUCGAGUGUUCAAAUUACUUUCAUGGGACGAGUGUAUAUUAAUUAUAGAGAAUUGUAACGAUCGUAUUUGGUUUGAUCAAAGGAUUAAAGCCAAAGUUGAGGAAAAUGUAUAUAAGAAAGUUAAGGAAGCUAUGGAACUUCACUAUAUUUAGUUAAACUGUUGUUUAUGUCGUUCCAGGCUAAAUAAAUAUCCAAUUAAAAAUA